CAGUUCUUCACGUGUAUUGGACGCGAUCAGUUCGAAGUUGGGAAAGAUUUUUUUUUUGGUUUUCAUGUUCUUUCUAACCAUGCUUUAUGCAUAAGAGCAGACAUAACGAGGAUGAAACGGUAGAAAGCAAAAAAGAAUGUGUACAUAGUAAAAGUGAUACAAAGUAGAAGCUAGACGAUUUCAACUAAAUAUUUUUUUCAUAUCCGAAAGUAAAGUAAAGUGCGUAAAGUUGGCGUGGCCAAGGUGUUCGUGGCGUUUGCAUAAGGCAUUAAUGGCUGAUAGAUAGUACGUGAUUUUUGAUUUCACUUUCGCGCGAUUUGACUGUUAGUGAGAUUUCGUGCGAGUCGCGUUGGAGCUGCCGCUUUUGGGCGGGGCAUUCUUGAAAAGACAAACUUUAAUAAAAGGACUCAUUGACAUUGACAAAUUCGCCAUUGUCAAUGUAAAUUCAACCGAUUUCAGCCGACAUUUUCUUUGUCCCUACCAGUCACGGUCACUUCUGGACGCCAUUGAUCCUUCUGAUCGAUCUUCCGGCGCCACUACGACGAUUGAACUCGCUACGGAACUGCGAGUAGCCUAAGGAAACACGACCGUCUUUCAUUGACUAAGAAGCGCUGCCAAAACACUACAAAAGAAAUAAAUAAAUAAAUGAAACAAUCAACUACCGGCAAUAGUAAUAAUCGUUGAAGCAAAAAAAAAAAAAAAAAAUAAACCGACAACAAACUCAACAUCAACAACCAACGCAAAACAGAAAGCAAACAAGAAAUUUCAGCUGCCACAACAAGAGCCAAUCCAAACAACAGAGCAACGAUCAGUACAACAACAACAGCAACGCCGCCGACAACAUGUCUUGGGGGAAACAAGUGCACCGUGAUCUCGUGCGGCAACAAGACACUAGCAACAACAUCGUAGUGGGCAUGAAUGGCACCAGCGGCAAUUGCAGCUGCCAUAAACAAAGUCAUUGCAACAGGUUAACCUGUUAUCGCAGGCAUACGCGAAGUGGCAGCAUCACUCAACUCAAACUUUUGCCACUGGUCAUCACAAUGCUGGUUCUGGCGUUGGCAAUGCCGAUGAUCAACGCCGCUGUUAUAAAGCGAUCUUUAGUAGAGACAAACACCAUUGCUAGUACACCUACCAUUGAUGAAACGAAUGCAAACACACCACCAGCUGGAGUUGGUGAAAUCGAUUUCACCACUGUUAACACACCACUCUUAGCGAAUAAACAAACCGCUGAUAAUUCGAAUGAAAGUGACUCGAGUGAGCCUACUGUGGCGCCAUCGGAAAUGCUUAUUUCUGUUGAACCGGAAACGACUACAGGCAGCAGUUCUACAAUUACAGUGAACACCACAACUGCGGAGUUCGGCACCGCUACCUUGCAUGUGCCACAAAAUGUUAGUAAUGAUAUACCCAAAACUCUAAAUGAAGGGUAUGAAGGGCAACGGAAUAUAAAACAAAUUUUUAUUGAAUCAAAGUUCGACAAUGCUGACGCCGUAUUGGUUGAAGGUCUUGGCAAUACCCUACCGGACUCUAUCAGAAAUGAAAUUGAUGGUGAACUUGAAGCGAAUGCCAUACCUGCAGACGAGGCGCUAUCGCAAGUUGUAAGCGAUCAAGCUGAAGAUGGAUUAACGCAACAUGAGAGUAGCACGAAGUUGGCCGAAAAAGUAGCUGAUGUACUAACAGAGGUAACAUCCGCCAACUAUUUUACCGAACCUCAUCAGUCCGUGUUCGAAACAACAGAACGUUCCACAAUCGCGCAAGCUUUGACGUCAAACGGUGACCGAUCUUUGUCUGCCAGCAAAGCUCUUUCGAUUUUCUUUCCUAAACCAGAUGCAGAACCAUCUUCAACUACAUCGAUGCCCGUAGGGGGUAGUGAAAGAGAACCGCGAAAUUUCAAACAAAUCAAUGAUAACGGCAAUGUAGAUAUAUUAAACGAACGUAGCGAGUCGGACAGCCAGAGCAUGGCCGACACUGAAAUGCAAAAUAUAGAGGAAGCUGAAAAUGGUAUAAAAGAGGAACCGCUCAGUGCAGGCAAAAGCAUGGAGGCACCAAAAUUAAACCAGAACUCCGAAGCUGCAUUACACUCACCUGAGACUACCGAACUUAAAGAAGGAAAGCCCAAAACUUUGGACUUAUCAAAAAUUUACGAAAAUAUAAUAACCCGACCCGAUGAAGAAAUGCAAUAUGAUGAGUCCAUGAUUAUUUUAGAUGGCGAUGAGAGCAUUGACGACGAAGAAGAAGGAGAAUCAUUAACAAAGAACAUAAAUACUCCUCAACUACAUCACACAGGAAGUACGGAGAGUGAAUCACCAGUGGCGAAUGUAACUGAACUAACGUCUGUUGUCUCAGACGAGCCGUCAUUAUCUAUCGUUUUGAAUGAAAAUCUAACUGCUUCAGAGCCUAUCAACGGCGCGGUUGACGAUCAGUCAGUAGAUCUCCUACAACUAGUUGAAACCGAUCCAUUGUUAACCGAGGACGUUGGCACAACUGUUGAGCCUGAAAGUGUAAAGAAUGUACAUGUUGUUAUCAAGAAACAGGGCGUUGAGUUAGAUGAAGCCCUAAUGGGAGUAACACCUGUCGAGGUUUUGGAGGAAACAACCACUGUGAAGGUGUUGGUAAAGAAAAUCGUAGAUGAAAAUGUGUUGACGACCGAAAAGACUUUAGUAACCCUAGGAAAGGAUUUAAGCAUUGAGAAGGAGCAAAACGAUGAUGCGGCGGAGGAGGCCAGCACAGAUUUAGAUGUUGCUUCUGAAGCUCGAGAGACAAAUGAGGGAGAAGGCAUUGUGCAUAACAAAGAAAUUAGCAACGAAGAGGUCAAGCUCAACAACGACAAUAAUCAAAUGGAUAGAGCAAAUAAUACACAAGCCGAGCAAGAAGAGCACGGAGAGCAGGAAGAGCAAAGGGAACAAGAAAUGCAGAGUCAACAGGAAGAGCAAAGAGAACAAGAAAUGCAGAGUCAACAGGAAGAGCAAAUCGAACAGCAAGGAGAAAGCGAACGGGAAGCACAGAGCCAACAGGUUGAACAAAAUGAACAAGAAGAAGAAAAUACUUCAUCUUCCAUUGAGUUGAAUACACAGUUUGAGGGAAAAGAAGAGGUGCUUAAUGGAGAUAAACAAUUUUUCACACAAACAAACAAUGAAAUUGGAAAUCAAGCGGAUAAAUCGACAACAACACCGAGCACGUUAGAAGAAGUGAUUGUGCACGAUGAAGCCGUGGAUGAUUUGAAUGUUUUACAAAGCUCCACACAGGGCACGGUAAGUGCACAAGAGAAGGUAGAGAGCAAAAUCAAAGCAUUACAAGAAAUUGAGAAUAAUUUCACUGAUGAAGAGAUGGUGAAAACCUCACAUAGCACGUCAGAAGAGGAAGAGAUAUCAAAGGAAGAUACCCAGAAUGAAACGAAAGCUCCAGAACACUCUAGUGAAACGAAAGCGAUUGCAAAUGAAGAAACCGAAGAGAGUGUUAGUCAGGAAGAAGCCGAGGAAAGCUCUUCAGUGGAGACAGCAGCAGAAGAAGAUGAGAAGAAGGAAAAGGCUUUACACAGCUCUACAGUGAAGGCAGUCACGGAAAAGGCACAGGAACAAAAUUCAGUGUCGCGAAGCUCCACAGCUACUGAGCAUACAGAUGCCCAAAUACACAUCUCACUUUUCAGCACAACAUCCAUACCAAACCAAGAACUUGAACACACUUCUUCGUCCAUUGCUGCCGCAACUGAGACACAUACAACAGAUCGAAAAGAAAUUGAAACUUUCGAAGACGCAAACAAUAAUACUGAGGAUCCAGACAUUGUGCCGCUUCUGGUGGGUGUCAGCACUGGACAAGGUGAAGUCACUGCCUCAACCAAAGGUUCACGCUCCAUUAAUACACAGACUCAUCACUCAAUGUUGUUGACACAAAUGGACGAUGCCGCGGCUGCGACGCUUUUCGAAACUUUCCCCCCACACGACGUUGACCGCACAAUGAAUGAUCACUUGGCUGCCGAAAGCAAAGCUGGUAUUGGCAAAGUGACGUCCGCUGCACUGCUCAGUCGAUCGGGCGUAAUUAUUACGGUUUGUACCAGCAUUGCUUGCAUGUUUCUACUCGCCUCGGUGGUCGCCUUUCUCAUCUCAUUCCAACGUCAGCAUGGUACUUUAGAUAUUGAAAUGCAGGAACAACGUUGUGGCAAAGAUAAUCUCGACGAGGAGGAUGACGAGGUGGGCACAUGUACGAAGUUGCUGGAUAUUGAACUGCCCAAGACGACGAUAGUGAGCGCGUCGUCUGAGGAGUUGGAAGAGUGUUUGUAGAAAGCAUUCUAAUUUUGUAGUCAUUUAUAUAUAAUAUAUGUACUCGUAUGUAUAUUUGUAUGCAGUUAUUGGGCGCUUCGGUUGACGAGUUAAUUAGUUAUUUACUUAGUUAGUAUAAAGACGAAAAAACAGACUGUAAUUUUUAUUUUUAGUAAAAAUAUUAUAUUAUGCUGAUAUGUAUUAUGAUUGUAGUACGCGUAGUUAUGUAUAACAUUACCUUAUUAUUUGCCAUAUUUUUCAUGUGAAACACACGUUUCCAUUAAUUGAGUUCUUGUAGAAAAUAGAAAUAAAUUAUUUCUCCAUAUAAUUUCAAGCUUAAAA